UAGCAUCAGUGACAGUGAGCGCCACUGUAAUUGAUAAUCAAAGGAAUGCAGAUCGGCGGCGGAGUGGUGUUUGGAGCUCCACGCGCCACCUCUAUAGUUUUCAGCCGCCGCAUACCAACGCUUCGCAGCUUCUCUUCUCUAUGUUCUUCUCCUUCAUCCUUUACUGAGCAUAUAAGUUUUAUGAAAGAAGUGGCUGCAACUGAGCCUCCAAGGCAUUUGCCUCAUUUGCUGAGAUUGCUCAAGACCAGAGGUGACGCCAUCAUUUCCCCUGAAGCCAAGCAAGGAUUGAUCCCCCUUGUAGUUCCACUGGCUAAAAAUAGCUCAGAUGCUGUGAUUGCGUUGCUGAGAUGGCCAACGGCACCACUUGGAAUGGAAAUGCCAGUGGUGGAGGUUCAUAAACAUGGAGUUUGGCUUCUGGCAAAGACUGUAGAUCAAUUUAUCCACAGAAUCCUGGUUGAGGAAGAUGCCAAAAAGCCUACAGAAGGCAAUGACAACCUUUUUCAUGCUGCAACUGAUGCUGGGCAGAAUCUUUAUACAAAGGGUGAUUUUGCUAAAUCUCAGAUUUCAGAUCUGGAAGUGUAUCUCUUAAAAAAGGUUGGUUUGUUUCCGGAUGUCCUAGAGCGCAAAGUGAUGCGUCAUUUUGAAAAAGGAGACCAUGUUUCAGCUUUGGUGACGGGGGAAUUUUAUACAAAGAAAGAGCACUUUCCAGGAUUUGCACGGCCGUUUGUAUUCAAUGCUGAGGUUUUGCUGAAGUUCGUGGAAUUUUUCCUAUCGCUUCUACAAAAUGUUAUUGUAAAAAAUUUGGUCAGUAUUUUCUUUGCUUUAGCAUUCUAUGUAUCAUCUAUUGCUUUCUAUAGGGUUGGGCGUAAGCUAGAAGCCAAGGAUGCUGCCAGGGGAGCUCUGAAGUCACCAUGGUGGACUCUGGGUUGCAGGUACCAGGAAGUUGCUCAAAUAGCAGAAUGGGAUGAUGAACAAAUUGAGUAUAUUAAAGAAAGAGUGACAGAGGCAGGCAGGCAGGAGGACCUCAAUAAGGGGAAGGAUCCUACUCAGAUUGCAUUGGAUGAAGCAGCUUUUUUGCUGGACUUGGCUUCUGUCGAAGGUACUUGGGAUGACUAUUUGGAGCGAAUUGCUGCAUGCUAUGAGGAGGCUGGACUUCAUGAUAUUGCAAGAUUUGUAGAAUACAGAGAUUGACUUGUCACGUUGGUGCAAAAGAUCAGUCCUAUCGUUUGCGCAGUGGCUGAUUGUUAGCUCAAUUUGCUUCUAAAUACACACAAAAUCAAAUUUAGGAAAACAAUAAAGAAGUUUCAAAUUCUUCAUUGCCAAACCUGUGGAUCAAUCUGUACUGAUUAUUGACAUGAGCAGAAAAUUGUGAUGAUUCUUAAUCGGUUGUUAGGUGAUCUCUCAUGUAGCUGGCUUGAGUCGUGCAUAAUGAAUCACAGAGGCAAUGUUCCAGGAGUAGGGGAACAUUAGAGUCAGGAGUGUAUCUUCCAUUCCGUUUUCCAAUAUGGUUGGUUUUUGCAUUUUGUGCCA